AAAGAAGAAUUUACAUAUUAAUAUCUCGAUAACCACAAAAGAGACGUCCAUAAUAUUUAUACUAAAUAAUAAAGUUUACCCUGGUAGGAGUGAGUGUUGCUGGUGUCUGCUGCUCCACCAUGGUCAUCACUAACAUAUUAUCUCGGACUGCUACAUGUGGUUUUCGGCACUACGCCACCGGCGGUCUAAAUGAUGUUGUCGUAGUGAGUGCUGUCCGGACCCCUAUGGGGUCUUUUCGGUCGUCUCUGGCCUCCAUGCGGGCCCCUGAACUUGGUGCUGUUGCUAUCAAAGCAGCUGUUGAGAGAGCAGGAGUUGACCCAAAAGCUGUGCAAGAGGUCUACAUGGGUCACGUGAUAGCAGCUGGAGCAAGUCAAGCACCUACACGUCAAGCUACACUCCUGGCUGGUCUGGAUAAAUCUACCCCAUGCACUGGUGUUAACAAGGUUUGUGCAUCCGGGAUGAAGUCAAUAAUGCUGGCUUCGCAAUCAUUGAUGUGUGGGUCACAGGAAGUGAUGGUUGCUGGUGGGAUGGAGAGCAUGUCCAACGUUCCUUAUUACAUGAUGCGAGGUGACUCUCCCUAUGGAGGUGUCACACUUCACGAUGGUAUUUUGCAUGAUGGGCUGACGGAUUUUUACAAUAAAAUUCACAUGGGAAACUGUGGGGAGAACACGGCAAAGAAGAUGAACAUUACUCGUGAAGAACAAGACGAAUUUGGUAUUCAGAGUUACAAGAGGUCUGCAGCAGCUUGGGCAAGUGGUGCGUUCCAAGAUGAGCUGGUAGAAGUAACGGUCCCUGGGCAGCGUGGAAAGCCAGGCACAGUGGUCAAGGAAGAUGAAGAGUAUAAGAAAGUUAACUUUGAGAAAUUUAAGAAGCUGGCUACAGUCUUCCAGCGUGAAGGAGGCACGGUAACUGCUGGCAACGCCUCGACACUGAAUGAUGGAGCAGCUGCCUGUGUGUUGAUGACAGCACAGGCAGCCCAGCGCCAUGGUGUAAAACCUCUAGCUCGUGUUGUGGGCUUCUGUGAUGCUGCCACUGAUCCCAUCGAUUUUCCCAUUGCUCCUGCCCUGGCUACCCCUAAGUUGUUGGAAAUGACAGGUGUGAAACACGAUGAUAUAGCAAUGUGGGAGGUGAAUGAGGCCUUCUCAGUAGUGGUUCUGGCCAAUAUCAAAAUGUGUAACUUGGAUCCAGCCAAAGUCAACGUCCAUGGUGGGGCAGUCUCACUGGGUCAUCCCAUUGGAAUGUCUGGGGCACGUAUUGUGGUGCAUCUGGCACACGCAUUGAAACCUGGACAAAAGGGUGUAGCAUCAAUUUGUAAUGGUGGUGGUGGGGCCUCAGCUAUUAUGAUCGAGAAAGUGAAGCACCCAAAAACUUGCAGCAAGCCCACUGUCACACUCUUUACUAAGAACCCAUGUCCUCUCUGCGAUGUUGCAUUGAAGACUCUGGAGCCUUUGAGAGAGGAAUUUCAUCUUGUGAAAGUGGACAUUACUGAGCCAGGCAAUGAAAAGUGGCUUAGUCUGUAUAGGUUUGAAAUCCCAGUGUUUCAUAUUGAGGGUCAGUUUUUGAUGAAGCAUCGAGCAGACCUCAACUUGCUGCAGAAAAAGAUUCAAGAAUUUCACAGCUGGUAAUCGUCUACAAUGUACUCUUAUGAUUUAUAGGUAAGAAAAAAUAUAUGUACUUCAGCUGUCAUUGAAAAAGUACUGGGUGCUAAGAACUCUUUCAUAUAAUUGAAUUACUGUAGUACAUAUACUGUACUUUGUAAACGAUUAUAACUUUUGUACCUCAAAUUACAUUUUGAGUGCUUUUAAGUAAGUAAUAUAUAGGCUUUUGUGAUAAACAGUAGACACAGUGAUUGAGUGAAUGAUGAUGAAAGUUUUUCAUUUUCGGGCCACCCUCCCUUG